ACAUACCGGCAACCCUUCAGGGUCUGAAGUCUUGAACUAUGGCUGAUGCUCGUCUGAUCGCAUGUCCAACAUGGUUGACUACCACUCAGGAUGACUCCGAAAACUUUUGAACCACUUCCCCGGACGGACAGAUUUGAUACCUACUGCUGCUGCAUCUUGAUUGGCUCCAACUUGACUACAUCUGGAUGACAUGCUUGGCUUGCGACCAUCGGGUCAUCAUUAUCUUGCACCUGAGCGGCCGGAUGGUCCCUGGUUGCUUUUCCUUGGUUGUCCUGCUGUUGCGAUAUGACCAUGACUCGAGCUCUCCAGUUUUUCGAUCUCUUCCUUGCGAACAGUGCACGAUGCUUUCUCUCUCUUGCGUUCUUGUCUAUCUUUGGAGCUAUGUUUUAAUAACGGUAAGGAUUCGGAUAUGGUUGCUUCUCUCGGUUGACGGCAUCACGACAACUAGCGGCGGACGGAAAAGGGUUCGGCGUGGGAGGAUGCUUACUGCGAUCAUCAGUCGUCGUGUACGAUACAUAGCUAUCAAUCCAACAGUUCUCAGAUCGACUAUGCGAUAUUGUGAUUCAGUACCCGGACACUGCUCUGUUAGGCAUUGAGGAGGUCAUCAAUCUCUCACGGCGAUAAAUUAUGUUUUGUUAAUACGUUCAAAAACCUGUCAAGGGACCUCUAG